AUGGGCUCGCAUUGGCCUUGGAUCUUCCUCCUGGGCAGCUCGUCGACCAGCUAUACCAUCUCGGAGGUCGCAACCACCGCCUACAGCCCCCAAAAGACAGACGCUAAACCAAGCUACGGCAAUCACAGAUACUACGCCGGCGGAGCGCGGACACCCUACCAAGCCGGCACCAAGUCCACCUCGGGCAUCACGCCAUUCCUGUUGCCCGCCACCGCGCUGGCCUUUUUCCCCGGCGUGUGGCUGUGGAGCGUUUACGCUUACCCGUUCGGCCACCCCUAUUACUACGCCCACGAUAACAAAAACGAGUCCAUCCCGGUGACCUGUCUGUGUGAAGAGUACCAGGAGUGUGGCUGUGACGACAACAACAACAGCACCUACUACACCUCCCUCUUGAAUGGCACACAGCCGCGCAACACCAGCAACGUGCGCGUUGUCACAGUCAAUGGCACCGAGAAGAUGUAUAUCAACGGAACCCUGGCCAAUGGCACUACCGUCGACGAUGGCACGACCUCAGGCGCCCCGGCCUUCAUCACUCUCCUGAACGCCAGUGGAUACUGGGUGAUGGUCGCCGUGGUGGCGGUCACCGUCUUUACCAUCUAA